GAGAGAGAGACAGAGACAGAGAGAGAGAGAGAGAGAGAGCGAAAGAGAGAGAGGAAGAGAGAGAGACAGAGUGGGGGAAGGGAGAGCAAGAGCAUCUUUUGCCUGAAUCCUUUACAAGCAUCCACCCCACAGUAUAAGCUACACAGGUGAAACAACAUGGACCGUCUCAACACCACCUCUCUCCCGUGGCUCCCUGACGCCGCCCCGCUGUCCCGGGUCUCCCUGCAGGUUCAGGAGGUGUACCCGUUCCACGACGGCUGGAACAUAGCGUGCUUCGUCAUCCUCCUCCUCUUCAUCAUCACAGUGGUCUCCCUGGCAGCUCUGGCCUUCCUCUACGAGCUGCUGGACUGUGGCUGCUGUGUCAAGGGGAAGACCCAUCGUGACCUGAUGGAGGAGGAAGGUCCCUUCCACAACAUGGUGGAGAAGAUCCACAGUCCCACGGGGUCACAAACCGAGGUGGUGUAAGGGGGUUAAAGGGGUCGUUGCCACAGUGACCAGGGCCAAGCAGGAAGUUGGGUUCAGAUUCAGGGUCAACGAUCAUGACCUGAGACUGACUGUGCUGUGUGCUCACAGUUUGAGAACAGUGAGACUGCACCUUCGUAUGUGUGAGAUUGUGUGUGUGUGUAUGGAAUGGUGGUGUUAUCUAAUCAAAGCACGUCAGCAGGGAAGGCAGGAGAGAAGAAGAGCUCUCCUUUGCCAAGUCCAGGGUUUUGACAAGUCUAUUAUUCGACAGAUGUUUAGCAUCUUCAUCCAUCACCACAUUGUAAGUACAAGACAUACCAUUCGAGACAGCUAAAGACACAGAGGAGAUCCACAAUGAUAGCCAACCCUCUAGGACCCUACAGAGCAAGGAAGUCCCCCAAAGUCAACGACCAAGAUGACCAAGAUGCACCAAGAUGACCAAGAUGACCAAGAUGACCAAGAUGCACCAAGAUGACCAAGAUGACCAAGAUUACCAAGAUGCACCAAGAUGACCAAGAUGCACCAAGAUGACCAAACAUUUAAUUAACUGUCGUAGUGUUUCCAGAUUUCUAUGAAAGUUUUCCUUCCCCCCCCAAAAAUAGUAAUUAUGUUAAAAAUCAGGUUGUGUGUGUUGGAAUGGUGUGGGCGUGUACAGGUUAUUAGAAAUAUGAAUGGAGCAGACCGCUGAUUGGACCAUCUCAUCCGGCUCACGAUGAUGACCUCAUCCUCUUUGAGGAAAUAACAAGCAUUUUUAAAAUGGUCUGUUUGAGAUCCAAGUGGGCGGUGGGGGGGGUUUCUGAAGUGUUUUUUUCCCUCCAAUUUAUGAUUUGACCACAAAUACGAGUAUAGGAUUAAUAAAAAACAUUACCGAGUUCAGCUAACUUUUAAAGUUAAUAUUCUGUUAUCACUGGACAGUUACUUUAAAAUGUCACCAAAAGACCCAGCUACCACAGAACACGUCCCACAUUUGAAUGUAAUUUACAGAUGGUUCUUAUUCCCUAAUGUUUCGACUGCCCUCAUCCAUUUGUAGUGAAGUCCUCAUCCAUUUGUAGUGAAGUCCUCAUCCAUUUGUAGUGAAGUCCUCAUCCAUUUGUAGUGAAGUCCUCAUCCAUUUGUAGUGAAGUCCUCAUCCAUUUGUAGUGAAGUCCUCAUCCAUUUGUAGUGAAGUCCUCAUCCAUUUGUAGUGAAGUCCUCAUCCAUUUGUAGUGAAGUCCUCAUCCAUUUG